AUGACGGCACGAAAAUCUUCAACAACAAUAAAACCUCGUAAAUCUCGGAUUACAGAUAAACCCCAAAGAACAGGAACGAAGAUCACUAUCCAAGUUAGUGAACGGACACCCUCAACCCUGAACAGGACAUCGACUGUUAAAGCAACUGGAGCAAUUACUGAAGAGUCUCCAAGCACUGGAUUAGCGGAAACCGCUGCUGAACUUACUCUUACUACUGAGUCCACUGGAACAAAUAUUGUUGAAACAAUGCAAACAAGUACAGAGCAGACCGCUGCGGCUAGUACAAUGAGAAAUGUUGGUAUGUCUUGCGAUGAUGCUAAGCUAAUGCUUAUAUUUCGUCAGUUGUAUGCUGUUUGA